UUCACCACUUUGCUUUAUAUUUUAGCUUCAUAUUAAAUCUUCUAGCACAAAGAACAGACAAACCAAGAAAGAGAUGGCAAAUCUUAAUGUGCUUUCAGCACUUCUGUUUAUUCUGCUCAUGAUUUCUUUAGAGACAAAAAUGAUCGAAUGUGCACGAGUUUUUACCAUAAUUAAUGACUGCAAAGAGACAAUAUGGCCUGCAAUUAUGCCAGGCGAAAACUUCAAUGGAGGUGGAUUAGCAUUGAAAUCAGGACAAUCUAUUGUUUUCAAUGCCCCGGUUGGAUGGGUUGGUCGAAUAUGGGCUCGCACCGGUUGCAAGUUCGACAAAAACGACAAUGGAUCAUGCCAAACCGGUGCCUGUGGCACAACUCUAAAGUGUAAGACUUCAGGUCAAACCCCAGCUUCGCUAGCUGAAUUCACUUUGGCAGCUGUGGAUUACUAUGAUGUUAGCUUAGUGGAUGGGUUCAAUUUGCCAUUAGUUGUUACACCGAUUAAUGGUCAAGGGAAUUGCAGCAUUGCCGGUUGUGACAUGGACUUAAGGUCUGAUUGCCCAUCGGAACUCGCUGUCAAGUCGAAAGGAAAGGUUAUCGGUUGCCGAAGUGCCUGUGAUGUGUUCAAUACUGAUGAGUAUUGCUGUAGAGGAGUUUAUGGGAAUCCUGUUAUAUGUCAGCCUACAUAUUAUUCCAACAAGUUCAAAGAGGCUUGUCCUACUGCUUAUAGUUAUGCAUAUGAUGAUCCCACCAGCAUUUUUACUUGCUCUGGAACUGAUUAUGUUAUCACGUUUUGUGCAUCUAGGAAGCAGCCAGUUUGCACAUACCAUAAUAACAAGCUUAUUUGUGGUGGAUCACAAGGAUUAAAAUCCUUAAUUGGAGGAUGGUGGGCUCUCAUGCUUGCACUGCCAUUGAUGGUUAAUUGGUGAAUUGUAUAGUAGUUUAUCUUUUGGGUUUUCAAUUAAUCAGAGCGUAGUGGUUUUAUUCUUUGAUAAUUAGGCUUUCCCAGUACAAUUUGUGGAAGGAUUUUGUUCUUCUCUUUGCUGGAUAAAAUGUCCAACGGGGAAACUGUAAUUAUAGAUUUGUUAUUGUUUUUUUUUUUUCUUCUUGUCCAAGGCCAUAAACCAUUUGCAAUUAUCCAUCCAGAUGUAAUGUUCAAUUCAAUCUAACAUUUUUAAUUC